UACCGUCUGAAAAUAACUACUGUACCAGCUGUUGUGCAGGACCAAAGUGGUUAGAGAUAAGAUGAUUUUGCUUAUUUUGGUUGAUAUCAUUUUUAUAUCGUGUUACUAUAUGGAAUUUACAUUAUAUUCUCCACAUAACAAGAUAGACAUACAAGGCGACAAAUGAUGAGUUAACUUUAACAUGCCAUCACUUACGAAUAUUAUGACGCAACUUUUGUGAAAAGACUUAAUUUGCCCAACGAUCUUUUCUGAAGGCGUAUAUUACCAGCCUCAGCUUAAGUUUUACGAGAGAGACAGAGAAUACAGUAUAAAUUGUUGCCUGGAGUUCAACAUGGCACCAGGGAAGGUGAACACUGAUUAAUUGGCAUUUUUGGUUUAAUUACUCCCUUGAGAGAUAAUGUAUAUACUACUAAUGCUCUUAAGUAAUUGUGUCCAUGUGAAUGGAAAUUCAACAUUAAAACAGGGAUGAUAUACACUAAUAAGAUUUGGGUGUGAAGGCAUGUAUUGGAAAGUUACCUAAGGAAGAGGAGGAGGAAGAUCCAGAUCAUGUGUACAGUAACUGGCACCUUCUGCCAGACCUGAUCCUCGAAAGAGUUUUCCAGUACCUAACCAUUAGUCAGCGCUACUCUGCUUCAAUGGUUUGCCAGGCACCCAUAUGCUGCAGCCGUUAUCUGGUUGAUCUGUGCCUCUGAGAUGUGCUCGGUGUUAUGGUCACCCCAAGAUCUUUCUUCUUGAGUGAGGUAUGCAGAAGGUGGUAUGAAGCCUUUUUCUUCCCUAGAGUGUGGUAUACAUUUGAACUUAGUGAUACCCUUCUUACAAAAAGAAAAUUCAAUUAUUGUGCAGGUUGGCAGAAAUUACUAGAUCAUAUCCGUGUCACCAUCUUCCUUACCAAGAAAGGAAUGCAUAUCCAAACUUUAAUAUUUCCACCCAUGACCAAUUUAUUCAACCUCUAUGAAUUUCUAAAUGUUUCACUCUACAUGCAUAACAACUGCCCUGGCACUCUGGAUAAUGUGCAUACUUUGAGGUUCUGGUUUGCUUGUCACCAGUCAGAACGUUCUGAAGAAGUUGUGUUUGGUACUGGUGGCCAAAUUUUGGCCAUGUUUAAAAAAGUUAUGGGAAUUUUCUCUUCACUUAGAACACUGGAAUUGAGAGAUCUACUUUUAGAGGGAUGUGAAGGACUUCAGUUACUUGAUGAAGUCUGCAGUACAUGUUGUGAAACUCUUAGAACUCUUGUUGUGAUUAAUAUCACAAAACUUGGACAUACACUUAUUCAUCCUGGAGCAUUUGUUAACCUCGAAACAUUAUACAUUUCUCCCCAGAAUAUUGGUGAUGAUCUCCUUGAAUUACUGGCUGAAUCCAAAGUAAGGAAUAUGUAUAUAGUGCAAAACAAAUAUACAGAACAUGGACGAUCCCUCAGUUAUAAAGCAUGGAAAAGGUGUCGAGCAGGUAAUCCUAGACUUCGAGUUCAUCUUUGCAGUGAAGGAAAUACAAAGACUGAAAUCAUUUGGCAGCGCCGAGCACCAGUAAAAAGCAUGGUAUACGAUAAUCCUUAUGCUAGAGUUACCACAUCAGUAAUACUUACAAUCAUUGAUUUAUAUAAACAAGAUCUUGAAGUGUUUGCGUACAAGCAGCUGCCAAGAUUCUAUAUGCCAAGGGCCUUUCAUGACAGAAUUGAUUCAUCUUUAAUUUUAUUGGUCAGACAGUGUCCAUACAUUCACACACUGGUAAGGUCACAUUUUGUUCUUUUAGAAGUAUACAUGAUCAUGGUUUGUUUCAUCAUUACUGAACUUAAACUGUAGCACAGUAGGGUAUAG